AUGAUCGUCUCCUACCAGUUGGGAGGUGUCAUGCUGGAAUAUGCUUCUGAUCAUGAUAACUUCGCUGCAAGUUGUGUUCAUUUGAUAUGUUUCGGCAGAACUUCAGUUUUGGCAAUGAAGAAGGUUCCCAAGAACAGCUGCAAGUCUGCAUCGCACAGGCUCUUUAAGGACAAGGCGAAGAACCGUGUGGAUGACCUGCAGGUGAUGUUCCUGGAUCUGCAGUUUGCUAGGAAAGAGAGUCGCACGGUUGAUGCGGCAGUGCUUGAGGAGCAAGUUCAUCAAAUGCUUCGCGAGUGGAAGGCCGAGCUUAACGAGCCCUCGCCUGCAUCUUCGUUGCAGCAAGGUGGCAGUCUUGGGUCAUUUUCCACCGAUAUCUGUCGGCUAUUGCAGCUUUGCGAUGAGGAAGAUGAUGCCUCUAGUCCGUUAGCUGCUCCUAAGCCUGAACCUAAUGAUCAGACACUGCAGGCUGGGGAUCUGUGUGGGAGUGAUAUUAGUUAUGCUUCAGAAAUGGUUGAUACUAUUUAA